AUGAGGACUAUCAAAGAUAUCAUCGAUCUGUUUGAAUCAAGUUCUGAUAAUUCGACGAAAUGGUAUCAACCACCACCCCCAUCUCAUUUCUCAAACCCCAGUGAGUUGCCUUCAGCUUAUCCUCCCCAGUCUUUCCAACAACCGUCAAAUCCUCCCCCUCAAACAAUACCGACACAUGGUCAACCAUCUACACAGGUACCACACUCGCCAUCUCUUUCCCAGUCUUCGUUAAAUCAAGCAAGUGGAACUUCUCGGGAUGGUACUAGUGGCGGGGACACUUUUAAUCAUUUCCGUGAACUUUCAUCAUUGUUAGCAAUGGCUGCAUUAGCCUAUUUUGCAGUUGACAACUAUACAGAACGUCUUAAACUUGAGAAACUCCAUGCCGAAACAACUGCUAUUAAUUUAAAAGCAUUACAAAUCCAACAAGCUAAUUUUAGUGCCAAUAGCAAAACUCGAGAUUUACAAAUUUUACAAGAAAGGAAAGAGAAUGCAAAGAGGAGUUUUAAGAUGAGUUUACAUAUUGCAUUAUUAAGAAAACAAUUGAUUGAAUUGGGUUAUGAUCCUAUUGAAUUGGAAGCUGCCAUAAAGGAAUUUGAAAAGAAUGUGAGGGCUGAUAAUUCAAGUAAGAAUGUAAUGGCUCAAUUUUUAUGGUUGGAUGAUUCUUCAGAACUUAAGAGGUUUCUUCCAAAUCCUAAUGAUUAUGACAAAACUCGUAAGAAUGAAUAA